UUCGGUCGGCAUGUUCGAAAUUGUAAAGUAGACGGUCACAUCGUCAUCAAGCGCGAACUAAUCACUCAAACUUAGAACUAGUGUGAAACGGUGCAGACGCUUAGACAUAGUCAAACAGACAAAACCCGAUUUAAAGUGAAUUUUAUUUCGUUGAAAAGCGUCGCGCGGACAGUAAAACAUUGACGAUUACAUUACGCGAUGAGUAACUAUGGAAGACCACCGCCUCGAAUCGAUGGAAUGGUUUCAUUGAAGGUCGAUAACCUUACUUAUCGAACAACACCAGAUGAUUUGCGUCGUGUUUUUGAACGAUGCGGCGAAGUUGGUGAUAUUUACAUCCCUCGGGACAGAUACACCCGUGAAAGCCGUGGUUUUGCAUUUGUACGGUUUUAUGACAAACGUGAUGCUGAAGACGCGCUUGAGGCCAUGGAUGGUCGUAUGCUUGAUGGCAGAGAGUUAAGAGUUCAAAUGGCACGCUAUGGUCGACCAACAUCACCGCAAACACGUCGAGGAGGACGUGGAGAUCGUGAUCGACGAGAUAGAGAUAGAGGAGGUCGACGUGAUAGACAGCGUAGCCGUUCCCGCGAACGAGGUGGAGGAGGAGGACGUCGUGACAGAAGCCAUUCGCGCGGUCGUCGUUCAGUUUCAAGAUCCCGAUCCAGAUCCGUAAGAUCACGCUCCCGUGGACGCUCCGAGUCACCAAUUAAGAAGCACUCGUUGAGCCGUAGCCACAGCCGAAACCGCUCGGUCAGUCGCAGCAGAAGCAUUUCACGCAGUCAUAGCCGUGAUUAAAUUUGCACCAUGACAGCUGGCCACCAAUACCACAUUCUUUGGAAUUGCCCGCAACGGAAUUAAAAUGCCAAGGUAAUUCAAUCAAUAAAAAAAACUAUCACACAUCUUUUUUUCCACUAAAACAAAAGAAAUAUACAGCAUAGAAUUUGAAUGCAUUUCAGUUUUCUUUGUGAAAAUAAUAAGUGGAACAAAUUAAUAGUGAAAACAGGACCAAAUAAGAACAACAAAAAAAAAAACAAAAUUCUGCCAAUGCGUUCGCCAUUUCACUUUCAAUUGGUGUCAAGAUCUCCACAAUUCACACACACACAUAAAUUUGUUUUUGGGGAAAACAGUUUAAACCGAAACCAAUAGCAAUUAUUUUACUGACCGAGAGCAAAAGCAAUUUAACUGCUAUCGAUCAUCAUUCGUUGUAGAGAAUUUUUUUUUUUUUUGGAAAUGAAACACAAAUAUCAUUUUGCAAUCGAACAUUUUCUUUCUCCAUUUUGUUGUCCAUUUUCGUUUUGGUACAAUUUUUAGCCGUUGCUCUUUAUUUCCACACACGCACACACACACACAUAAUACAUAUACCAACAAUAUUUCCAACGCAACAACGUUUUCAUUAUUAUUUUUUUGUGAUUCAUUUCUUUUUGGUCUCCCUAGUGAGUAUUUAUCUAUAGAUAUGUUGAGUUUUGUUUCACCGUUCAACAUCGAUUAUGCAAUAGAUUUCAUUGGUUCCAAUUUGCAAAUUUAGUUUACCCACACACAAAAAACACACAACCAAAACAAUAAGAACAACAAUCAAACCUUUUUUUUAUUUUGUAUUUUAAAAUCCGUUUACAACUGAUUCAACAUGUUUAAUUUUUUUCCUGAACAAAAAAAAACAAACAAACAAACAAAUGUGUCGAUAAAACAUACUAAAAAAUCAUCUACAAUUUUAAUAUGCAGGCCACUUGUUCCGGCUUAGCAGUAAAUUGCAGUCAGAGCAGAAUCAAUCAGUAACAGAUGAGAGAGAGAGAGAGAGAGAGAGAGAGAGAGAGAGAGAGAGAGGGAGAUGAAUGUCAAGUUCAAUAUGCUAUGAUCGCGAUUCAGAGCUUCGUGUAGAGUUCAGAGAGGGUUGUUAAUGGGGCAGAGAGUAAAAUGAAUGUUAGGCGAUUCGCAAAGAGGCUGCAUUGAUUCGAUGUUGGUGUGUGCGCGCGCGUGCGCGUGCGCGGGGUGCAUUGUGUUCAGAAAAGAAAAGCAAUUGCCGUUUCUCAAGAGCACUUAACCAGUGCCGUGUGCGUCCGCGAUUACCGAAUUCAGAAAAAAAAUACCGUGUGAAAAAGGCUCUCUCUUCCAAAUCGCAUGAUGGCAGAAGCAAACAAAACAAAAGACCACAUUUCGUUUUUUGGCGAACGUGAUUCGUGUGUGCGUUUUAAUUCGAUUCCAAGCAAAACCAAACAAACCAAAAUGCUUAUAAUUCGGUCCAAAUGUGAAAACAAUCGGCGUUCGCUGUCUUUUUGUCAUCCGUUUGAGAGCUGGUGAACAAUCGACCUGAUUUGCUGUGCACACAUUUUGAUCCAGAUCAUGUUCCGGGCUCAAAUUUUCCAAAAACCAAAACAAGAAAAAAAAAAGAACGAAAAAGAGAUCCAAGUAUCGAUAGAAUCACACAAACUGCUGGCAGAAUUGGCGCUGUACACUACUUGUACGGUGCACAAGACCAUCCGUUGCCGACGAAGCGGUUAAGUUUAUUGUUCCAAAAAGAAAAACAACCAGAACAUCAACGAUUUUUUUUUUAAAUUUGUUUUCAACAUUUAUUUUGUUUUUCGGAUUCUUUGGUUUCUUUUUUACAUUUUUCUUUUAAAUUAUUGAAUUUAUAUACCAAUGUUGUGCGUGAUAUGCACACACACACACAAUGAGAAAUGAUCGUCUGAUAUUAUUUCAACGUUCACCACAUCUCAAACACACCAUUUUAGUUGUGAUCUUAAUCGAAAACCAAACACACCACAAUUCCCCAUCCUUAUUUCACUGCCAUUUUGUUUUCUUUCAAAUUCCAAUUCGAUCCCCAACAAAUCCGCCCCAUAUUUAUAUACAUAUCUUUGAUCACACAAUUUCAACUGCAAAGGAUGAAUCACAUUCACACAGACCAAUCCUGUGUCAAUCAUUCAAUCGCAUUCAAUUCCAUGACUGAACUUGAACUGAGAUGAUAUAUAUUUGCAUUUGAUACGUGCAUAUUUUAUGCACCACUAAAGACUGAAAAUCAUCAUUCGUUUCAACUCUUUUCAUAAAACUAAUUUUUUUUCUUACAUCUUUUCUUUUUAUCUGUACAUAUGUUUACCUCUAUAUUCCAAGCCACUAGCAACGCAAUUACAACGAACUAUUUUUUUUGAAAUUUUUCUAUUUUCAGAUGCAAUUUUUCCCAAAAAUCUUUCAUCUUGGCUAAUUAAAAAAAAAAAAUAUUACAUACACAUACAUUUUUUCAUUAAAUAAACAAACAAAAUGAAUAUUUUUUAUCAAUAAUAAUAACCAUUUAACGGCGGUAAGUAUUUCUACCGUACCACGUAUUGAACUCAACAACAUAAAUUUAUCGUAUUAGAUGGCAUUUUUGUUAGAUUUGGUAGGGAUUCAUAAAACAAUGUAUGUGAAAAGAAAAAAAAUCAUCCAACUUAUAUGAAGAUUAAACAAAUGAAUUUUUUCCCCCCAUUUCAUACACAAUGUUCAAUAGGAACACAUUAACAAAUGUCCAUACAACAGAUUCUGUGGCAAAUUGCCACCUUUUUUCCACUUUUUUGCAUCCAAACAAAUGACCAAUUUGUGACUCUCAUGAAAACAAAGGAAUAACUUUUUGUUGAAAGAAUUCAAAAACAAUUGAAAAUUCUUUAUUUGCACUUUAUUUCAUUUGAUAAAUUCACACACGAACUUGAUGUUAACUGAAAUUAAAAAAAAAACACAACAAAUAACGUAGAUUUUAUGUUUUAAGAGCAUAGAUGUACACUCGAUCUUUGUUUUAUUUCAAAAUUGGAUAAAAAUAUGCAAAAACUGAAACAUCAUUAUUGGAAGGAAAAUAAAAUAAACGUAAACUAUACACCAACAAAA